GUUCAUCUUUUGGCCUGGGCUUUUUGGGACUUGCGUUGGAGUUUUCCUUGUAUGUUUUAUAAAGGAACUUGUGUACGGCGGAUUCCCCACCAGAAGGAAACUAGCGACGAUUCACAUUGGGGGGUUUGCACGUUAGUUUAUAAAGACGUUUGAUUUUUGGACAAGCCGUCUUUUGCAGUCCUUUGCAUACUCUUUUGGUUGCGCUUUUGCUUUUGAACAUAUCCGGAUCAUCAAACAGCUGUAGCGUCGAUGUAUCAUACUAGAUAAUUAGAAAGACUAUAUAGAGCUAUCCCCCCUUGUCUCUUCCCACUUCUCUUGUAUAGUUUCCCGUUUCCCCCUCCUUUCUUGCUCCUUUCUCUUUUGCCCCUUCCUCGGCCUGCCAAACUCUUCAUACCUUUCUCCACUCUGCAAGUGAAAUAGAGGACAUGCCUCCGAUUGCCGCCAUUCAUCCACCAAUACUGCAAAUAGAUUCAUGCACACAAUCAUUUGAUACCGGUUCCCCUUCGUCGUGCACCCCAGGGCGUUCCAAGCACAUGCCUGGAUCUCCAAGUCUUUCGGUUGUAACGGGCAACCUCCCGCCUCCGCCUCGCGAAUUUCCCCCCAUUACAAGCAAACGACCGUUGUUGGAGACUACACCGUCGCCUUUGACGCCAAAGAUUGAAGCUCUCUUUUACCGACUUGAAUUGGUAGAUUCUGCUGGAUGUGGAUUGGCGUCUGUUGAGGAAGAGAAUCUCGACAAUCUGGAAUUCAGCUCGAUCGACACCAACUCUCCUAACCCGUCUCCCGGAUCAACUGACAGCAACUCGCUACACCAAUCUCCGACCAACAGUCCAAACACUUGGAGCGCGGAAGGAGACGACCGCGCCUUUCCAUCUCCUUCCCACCGCACACGAAAGGACUUUCCUAUCCGACGAUCGCGAAGCAACUCACACAGCGAGCUGGCAAAGACAGCUGUUGGUCUGCGUGAAAUUGCAAAGAAAAUUGGACGGGCUCAGCUGAUUUGGGACACCACACCUAAAACAGUAUUGAUUGUGACCAAGGUUCACGACCAAGAAUUGGUCAAGAUCACAAAGGAGGUGACAAAAUGGUUAAUCUUGGAUCUUGGAAUGACUGUCCUCGUCGAAUCUAAACUGGAAGAGGAUGAUGCGUUCCAAUAUAAUGAUUUGAUGGACCACCUCCGCUCUGCAUCUCCCAAACCAUCCUCGCAAAACAGCGACGAGAAUCCUUCUGAAAAACUUCAAUUUUGGACUCCAGAGUUUUGUUCCUCCAAAUCCGCCUCGUGCGUGGACUUUGUCAUUACCCUUGGCGGUGACGGAACUGUCCUGUACGCAGCUUGGAUGUUUCAGAAAAAGUGCCCGCCUAUUUUGCCUUUCCGACUCGGAAGCCUCGGAUUCCUGACAACGUUUGAUUUUACCGGAUUUCGAAAUUGCGUUCAGGACCUCGCUGUUGGGACUGGUAUGGAAAGAGGGAUGCGAAUGAACUUUCGGAUGCGAUUUAGCUGCACUGUUAUCCGUCACCGACGACAACAAGGUUCUGACGCUCAGUCACUGGACCCGAACGUGGCCGACGAUCAUAACCAGACCUUUCAAAUCCUCAAUGAUCUUACCAUUGACCGUGGGCCAUCACCCUACAUGUCUCAACUCGAACUGUACGGUAACGAACACCAUCUCACCACCAUUCAUGCUGACGGUUUGACCAUUUCUACACCAACCGGAUCCACCGCUUAUUCCCUUUCCGCUGGGGGAUCACUCGUCCACCCCGACGUCUCGGCCAUCCUCGUAACACCCAUCUGCCCCCAUACCCUUUCCUUCCGCCCAAUGAUACUCCCUGAUACAAUGGAAGUUUGUAUCAUGGUUCCUGAAGACAGUCGAACAACAGCUUGGGCUAGCUUUGAUGGACGUCAUAGAGUGUGCCUGGAACGUGGUGAUGGCGUUGUGGUCCGAGCGGCUGUUUGGCCUGUUCCCACAGUUUGCUGGGAAGACCAGAGCAAAGACUGGUUCAAGGGCCUAGAGAGGUGCUUGGGAUGGAACCGACGGGAGAGACAAAAGGGGUUGCGUUCUACUGAGGAUAACAUGGAAGGAAUGAUUUGGUAAAAGAGAAAAAAAAAAAAAAAAAAAACCUG